AUGAAGCUGAAAUUCUGUUUGUUCGUCUUGCAUCAAGUGUCCUAUGAUAUCCCACAAAGCCAGCUUUCUGCAGUAUGGGGUUCUCAAAUAUUUUUGCACCUCACACAUCCUCAAAGGAUAUCUUCGAAUAUAACUGGAGAUCUGGACAAGGUGUCUUAUGUCAUUACAAUAGAAAGGAUACCAUAUACUCUUCACCUGAAGCAACAAUUAUUUUUACCUGAAGAUUUCAGGGUGUAUACUUACAGCAAAGGGGGGUCUGUUCAUUCUGAUUCCCCACAUAUUAAGGAUGACUGCUACUAUCAAGGAUAUAUUGCUGGUUUCCCCAAUUCACUUGUAACACUCAGCACCUGCUCUGGGCUCAGGGGUCUAUUGCAGUUUCAGAAUGCCAGCUAUGGAAUUGAACCUUUGGAGUCUUCACCUGGAUUUGAACACAUUAUUUAUCAAAUAAAGAAUGAAAACACAGAAAGCCCACUUUUUUCAAAUGCCUACAUUGAUAUAGGGAGAGAAAAGGUGUCUGGAAACAUCUCUUACAAGCUGCAUACAGAUAUUGAUCCAAUGUCAGAUGUCACCAAAUCCCCCAGGUAUCUGGAAAUGUAUGUGGUAGUGGACAAGGGUUUGUACCAAUAUCUGGGUUCAGACAAGGAUGUUAUAACAAAGCAAAUAAUCCAGCUUCUUGGAUUUGUGAACAGUAUGUUUACCUCCCUUAAUAUAACAAUUGUACUGUCUUCUUUGGAGUUUUGGACAGAUAAUAAUAAAAUUUAUACAGCAGGGGAAGCUGAUGAGAUACUGCGAAGAUUUUUACAAUGGAAAGAAUCUUACCUUGUUCUACGGCCACAUGAUGUGGCAUAUUUAUUCGUUUACAGGAACCACCCUAAUUAUGUAGGGGCAGCAUUUUCAGGCAGGAUGUGUCUCAGAAAGUAUGCUGGCGGAGUUGCUCUGUAUCAGAGGGCUGUAACACUGGAAGCAUUUUCAGUCAUCAUUGCGCAGCUGCUGGGGUUGAGUCUGGGAAUAGCAUAUGACGAUUCUAGGAACUGUCUGUGUCCUGGAUCCAUCUGUGUAAUGAACACCAAGGCAGUGCUUUCCAAUGGGGUAAAAGCCUUUAGCAGCUGCAGCAUUAGAGAUUUCAAAAGUUUUAUUAAACACAGUGGAGGAGAAUGCCUGUCCAACAGACCCUAUUUGAAUCUGACCUACAAGCGGACUUCAGUCUGUGGCAAUCGUAUAGUAGAAAGAGGAGAGCAGUGUGACUGUGGCUCAGCGCAGGACUGUGCAAAAGAUAAAUGCUGCACUGACAGUUGUAGACUUAAGCGAGGAGCUCAGUGUGGUACUGGUUUAUGCUGCCAGAAGUGUAAGAUUAUGGCAAAGAAUAAGAAAUGCAGACCCGUGGCUGAUAGUCAGUGUGAUCUCAGUGAGUACUGCAAUGGGUCAUCUGCAUACUGUCCAGCUGAUCUGUAUGUUCAGAAUGGGCACAGAUGCGAACACGGUACUGCCUAUUGUUACAAAGGACGUUGCCAGUCGGCUGAUAGAGAGUGUCAGAAGAUCUAUGGAAAAGGUUCUAAAAAUGCUCCUCUUGCAUGUUAUGAAGAAAUCAAUAGUCAAACAGAUAGGUUUGGACACUGUGGGAAUGAUCAGAAGACAGGAUUUAAAACCUGUGGUUGGAUGGAUGUUACCUGUGGAAAGUUAGUUUGUACAUAUCCAAGUCGCAGUCCAUUCACUAAAGAAAAAGCUGCUAUUAUUUAUGCUCAAGUGCGAGACCAUGUAUGCAUAUCUUUAGAUUAUAUGAAUCCACCCACAGAGAAUGACCCUCUCCUCAUUAAAGAAGGCACAGAGUGUGGACCUGGAAAAGUUUGUCUAAACCGCACGUGCCAGUUUUAUGCAGCCCUGCAAUAUGAUUGUAAUCCACAAGUAAAAUGCAAUGGUCAUGGAGUAUGCAACAAUAAGAAGCAUUGUCAUUGUAAUCCUGGCUGGAGCCCUCCAGAUUGCCGCAGACAAGGCUCUGCAGUGGGGGGGAGUAUCGACAGUGGAUUUCGAUUUUUGGACUCUGAUAUGGUCUUAGAAAGAGCUUCUCAAGCCACUUUGAAGAAUUGGUUGCUGCUAAGUUUCUGUCUCUUUCUGCCUGUCCUUGUUGGUUCUAUCAUCAUGAUUGUAAAAUGGAAUGAAUUAAGCAGACUGUGCUUAAAGGAGGAGGACUCAGAAGCUGACGAAUCAGAAGACUUGAGCCUGUCGGACAAUCAAAGCUUGUCUCUGAAAAAUGUUACAGAAAUAGAAGAGGUCUAGAUUUGAGCAACAAAACAAUUCGACACAAUUAGACACAUGGGGAAAUGCAUCUCUGAGAUUAGGCGAGUUCAGUUAAGAAGAUGAACAAGAGACGGUAUUUUGAUGAGAUGUGUAAAGUAAGAGUAAGAACAUUGACAUAUUCAGUGGAAAUGGAAAGUAACGUAUUUGUGACUGCUAAAAGAAAAUAAACGUUUUAUUGGUCAACAGUUUUUAUAAGGGAUAUAAACACUCCUUAUUCAGGGUAUAAUCCAAAAGCUAACCAAGGGUGCAGGGGCGGGUUGAAAUACAUUUAUGAGCAGAUUAUUCCAUAAUGGCCCUCUAUACUUCUUGUACCUGCCUUUGACAUAUCUGGUACAGGCUAUUGCUGGAGAAAGGAUACUAGAUUAGACUGCAACUGCUCUGAAGCAUUAUGGCAAUCAUUACGUAAAUAAUUUGCACGUAGUGUUACUUGUCUUUUAAAUUAUAAUAAUUUUGAUCAAUGAUUGUAGUUAAAUGUUGUAUGAUAGCUGAACAUCAUGAUUUAACGAACCCCCAUGAGUUUGUUCCAUUUGCUCCUUCAGUAUAAUUAUUUGGCUCCUGUGAAAAUAACUUCAUAGCGUUGCACUUUGCAUAGAAAUUAUAUUGCCACAUAAAAUAUUCCUGUAAAUUCUAUAGCAUUGUACAUUGAUAGAUGAUUUUGUCCCCUGUGGUAAUUGGAACAGGAUUUGACAUAGUUUAUUGAUUGUAACUAUAUAUUUUGAAUUGUUGUACUGUUUUCACUUUUCACAGUUUCUCCUGCUCCUUAGCUGUGGUUGGUUAUAGACAAGGAACUUCUUUUAAAAGGAAUUUAUGAUUCAGUUUAAGAAAUCAAAGAUCGAGUCACUCUGUAUGGCACAGGACUUUGGAAGGGUACAAACAAUAUAUUUUGUUAGAAGUUGAGAGGGGCCAAUUCCUGAUUUGGAAUAUUUUAAUCUCUGCCCAUUCUCUUGAGAAAUACUUGCAGUGUACUUCUUCAGCGAGCACGUAUGUUCCUGUUUAGUAGAAUUACUGAACUAUUUAAAAAACUGUUAGUAAAUUCUCUAUCAUUCUGGGUGCUUUAGGAACAGGUGUCCUACAUCAUUACAAUAGAAGAGAGGUCAUACACUCUUCACCUGAAGCAACAAGUAUUUUUACCCAGUACUUUCAGGGUGUAUACUUACAGCCGAGAUGGGGCUGUUCAAUCUGAUUUCCCACAUAUUAAG